CAUAAGUAGACUUUGCCACAAUGUCGACUUGAAUAUUAGUUCUGUGCAUCGAACUUGUACAAAAUUUCUAUCAAAAUUUCCUGAUACCUCUCUCUUCCGGCAUCAUGUGGAUGCAACUAGCUAAUCGUGCUUUUUUAAGUGGUGCCAGUGCCCACAAAGGAUUGCCGGAUAAUGAGAGCCAAGGUAUGGUUCCGGAGCCACUUGUUGCCCUGCCCACAGAUGAUGCCUAUGACGGGAUGGAUGAUGCCUCUGAGAGCGUCCACUUGAUCAAUCCAUCAAUGAACGAGCUGUUUCUAGCCAUUCACACGGCCAACGAGAGACCGAUAAUAGUGACCCAGCCCAGGAUCCAGGCGAGUCUCCAGAGAGGCGGUCGAGGCAACGAGGAGCCCUCAUCCGAUCGACUGACCUUUGCCCGCAUGAUGGGCGGUUCGCAAGAUCGAAUCAAUUACUAUCCAAACUUUGUCCGGGACAUCUGCUCGAAUGUCGUGGCCCCAGAUUAUAUGCAUCGAGCUCUGUCCUUUGACGACUUGCACUUUGUGGGCGGUGACAAUGAGGAUAAUGAUGUCGAUGAUGGAGAUGACAAUGGAUCCGACGACUCCUCUUCCUCCAGUAAGACGGUGCUGUGGCGGGUUCACUCCGAGGGAGCACUGAUCACCAUGCCAGGUAAUGGAAAUUUGGCCCAGCAAAUGGCUAUACUAAAUCAAGGGGGUCCCAAGCGAAAGUAUCCUUUGCAUCCACGUAAAAGACGCGAAGAGGGCCUGGAUCUGGUGACCAAUCAUAGUACUUGGAGUCCGGGCUAUUGGAUCACCAUGGGUCACAUCCUGAUGGUGAUUGCCUGCCACCGUUGGGGUCUUUAAGAAGGGGUACUAUUAUGUGUUUUUUGUUUUUAUUUUGUGGGAAAAGGAAAACAACAACAAACAAGA